UUUCCUCUACUUGGAAUCAAACAGGAACUGUGACAGGCAGACUUUCAGCCAAACAUCCUGUAAAGAACGUCUCGCUGACUGCUUGGGAAUUACUCCUGUUCAAGCCAGUCAAUUUAUAGAGAGUUUUAUGCAAAAAUACAAGAAAGUACAUGAAUUUACAAAGAAAACCAUUGAACAGUGCCGGAAUAAAGGUUACGUGGUUUCCAUAAUGGGACGCAAAAGGCCACUGGCCAAUAUCAACGCACAGGAUUACAAGCUGCGCACUCAAGCAGAGAGGCAGGCUGUAAAUUUUGUUGUUCAAGGCUCUGCAGCUGAUCUUUGUAAAAUGGCUAUGGUGAAGAUUUUUGCCUCUAUUGUCAUUUCUCCAACUUUAACAGCCAGGUUAAUUGCCCAGAUCCAUGAUGAAUUGUUGUUUGAAGUAGAAGAUUCUCAAAUCCAGGAAUUCUCAGCACUGGUAAAAAGAAUAAUGGAGUCCCUGCAGCAAACUACAGCCUUGGAAGUGCCACUGAAGGUUCCCUUGAAAGUGAUUCUCACCACUGGGAAAUCAUGGGGGUGUAUGACAGAAUUGCAGGAGAUGUAAAGCAAUCAUUGGGGAUGUUAUUCAGUACCCAAACACCUCAUUGGCCUGUGCUGAUUCCUCGCUGAAUCACUAGGCAACAGCGCUGCUGGAUCUUUCAUAAGCACCUAAUACUCUGCAUGUGAAUUUUUUUACUUCAUUUUGUCUGUAGCCCUAGGCAACAGCAGUGAGAUAAAACUGGUUUUUACCAGUUCAUUGUGUUUCCUUUAGCCAAGGUAUCCAGUGGGGAGCUGCUUUUGUUCACAGCUAAAUUACUACAUGUGAGAAAUGAAACAAGACAGUAUUAACCCUUUGAGAGCAUCACAAAUAUAUUUGAGUUACAUGGAUGUUUAGACUUUAAUGUUAAAUGUUUUGUGAAGUGCUUGUGUAAAAUACUUAUAAGCUGGCAGUAUUUGAACUAUGUCAGAUGCUUAACUAUUGUGUUCAGCUUAUUUUGUAUUUUGUGAGUAGAAUGUAGCUGCUUGGUGUUCAUCACAUAUUAAAUGUCCCGUUCUUCAGACUUAGAAAAAGAGUUAAUGAACUUAAUUUUUGUCUAGAAUUUUGCAUUAAAACAGGUAAACAGAACUAGAAGCUUAAAUGUAUUUAUAAAAAGGAGAUUGUUGUCCAUUCAAUUGAUUUCAAACUGAGUUUGCACUAUAGCCUUAGCAUACUUUAGAUAAAAUAUUACAGUUUUACCUAAUCUAUCACUUUUAUUACUGAUAUAAUGAUAAAUAUUGUUUAGAUUAAUUUUAGGAUUCAACCUUAUCCUUUUCAGGCUUUUACUUCAGUGUUUGAAUUUUUUUAUUAAUAAUUUGUUUUUCUGUAGAGCUUAUUCUUCAAAUGAGAUUUGUUUCAUAACAUUACUGUUUUACAAAUUCUGUCUCUCUGCUUAUGAAAUAUGAAAUUGUCCUUGAAGCCUACUAAUUAUUCAGAAGUUGAAGUCAAGCACAAAACUUUUAAGAGUUGUUCAGUAUGUUUCAGCAUUAGAUAUCAAAUUAUCAGAGUAAUACAAUUUAAAUUCUAGAACUGUAUGAUUGUAAAGACUUUGCAGCAUUUUUAAUUUGUAUAAUUAAGUAAUUUUACUUUGCACUUAAAGCCAUUAAAAUAUUAAACAUUG